UGUCUUAAGUUACUAACGUCAAAUGUCGUUACGCACAUUAUUUCAUACGAAGAUCUACUUAUCUUGAAUUUUUUCUACUUCAUAAAAUAAAUAUAGUAAUACAUUUUUAAAAUUUCCUUAUAGUUUACAUUUAUUUCAAAUUUUUAAAUAUGACUACAUUUGGUGAAAUAUCUGAACCUAUUAGUCGAUCAGCCUGGGAAGACUGGGAUGAAAUUAUACCAGGAACUGAUUUAAUUGAAUUACAUUGGCAGCAAGAUAUUGGAAUUAUUAAAGAAGUAGGAACAUUAAUUAUAUUGGAAGGAAAAUAUUUGUCAGAUAUAGUCAAUACACACAUAAAAUCUAAUUUAGAAUUUGUUAAUUCAAUUAAAGAAGUGAAUCUGAGUUUAUUUAAAUCAGAAGAUAAUUUAAUUUGCUUUAUAAAAGACUACAAUUUAAUACUCAGCAGCGACAUAGUUCACAUUUUGAAACCAUAUCUCUCUAUAGCCCAAAAUGUAAUAACAAUACUGACAAAGUCACUUUCAGAAUAUCAGUCAUCUGAAUAUUUCAAUAAAGAUUGUAUAGUCAGAACAAUACAUACAACCAAACCUUCAAAAUUUAUUAAGUACAAUUUUCCAAAAUUAGAACAGCCAAAUUUAAUAUCUGGUGUAUCUGCAGGAGUAAUUUCCCUACGGGAGCACUUGGGUCAAUCUGGUGUAGCAGUUGUUUCAUAUAUUGAAUAUGCUGAAGAUUAUCAAAUUGAAACAAUUCAAUCACUACUAAAGGAACUGGACAUUCUUCAAAGUGGUCACACCAAGCCAAGCAAUGUAUUAAAUUCUAAUUUAUAUGUUUAAUAUAAUCUAAAAUAAUAAAAAAAUAAUGUAUUCAAAUUAAAAUAAAGACAAUAAUACAGCUACCUAAU